AUGUAUCUCAGAUAUUACGACUCUGCGGACGACCCGCACUGUAAGGGUUUCAUCGAUUUGGGCGAAGUAUUGUCUGUGGGCUAUAACUCAACUCAACCCAACUGUCAGUUCUUUGACUUCGUCGGACCUAUAAUUUUAUGGCACAAAGCAGUCAAACGGCGCAGGAAUGGGUCGAAAAAAUUCAGGCCUGCCUUCAGUGAACAACAGAUUGUUAAGAAAUGA